AUGUCUACCACGAAGUGGCCACAUCAGAAGGAUUUCCGUUUAGCCGAUCCUAAUUAUUUUAUUCCACAAGGUGUCGACAUUUUGCUCGGGAGCGAUAUUUAUGAUGAGCUGAUGUUAGGUGAUGCAUACCGAGGACCAACCGGUUCCCCUCUAGUACAAAAUACGCAUUUGGUACGUAUUGAGUCUGGAAAGAUCAACGAACGUGCGUCGUUGGGGUCAUCGCACACAGUGAAGGAACACACUCAUAAUGCAAAUGAGGAUCUCAACAAUGUUUUACGCAAGUUUUGGGAAUUAGAGCUAUUCGACAAUGAGUGUCCACAUCUCUCACUGGAGGAGAGGUGGUGCAAGGACUCCUUUGUCAAUUCACAUUAUCGCUUAUCUUCGGGAAAAUAUCUUGUACGUUUACCCUUUUUGUCCAAUCUGGAUCAAAAUAUGGUGAUUGGUUCGUCAUAUCGAAGCGCAUUGAAGCGGUUAGAUUAUCUGGACAAGCGCCUGCGUGCAGACCCCAAGUUGAAAAAUGCAUAUUGUCACACCAAUUAUGAGUAUGUGGAGCUGGGCCAAAUUGAACGGGUUACGCCUAGGGUUUAG